AGUUAUAUAGAGAUGAAUAUUCAGGACUUUUCAGAACGUGGUUUAAAAAACCCUUGAGAUUUGAUUUUUGAAGGAGGUUUAUGUAUAAGUGUUUUUACUUCUUUAGUAAAAGUUUUGGCGCCCAACUGAACAUUUUUUUAAAUAUUUUUGUUUAAAAUGCUGGAAAAAAUGAAGCAUUUCUUAAGAGCGACAAUGUGAUCCUUAAAGAUUAAAUCCGUCUGGAGACAGAAACAUCCUGAAAUUUUAGGUGAUUGUUUAUUGAAAUGUCCUCUCGCAGACUUAUCUCGUUAAUAUCCCUGUAUAAAUCUUCCAUUUUGUCUGCCAAAAGCUUUUAUUUUAAUUGCAUUUGACAAUGGUUGCGUGAUUCGGUGUCGCGUUUCUCUCAUCAGCUUGACUUGCUACUUGGCUGCAGCUCAUUUGCAUUCGUAAGGAUAAUAACUUAGGCACGCAUCUGGGUAUUUGAAAACCCAACAGACAAAAAUAAUGAUAAAUUCAUAAUGCACUCUCAAGUACACGUCUCUCAAGUAUUGUUUACACGAAUUCUCCUGCGUUCUGCGCAGGCUAUUGGCCAAAUUGGUCACCUCGCACGCGAAUAUUUUCAAUUCCCGCUAAAGAUAGAUUCUCAUUAAUUCAAAACAGGUCAUAGGGAGCUUUUCGCAGCGGAACGGAAGGCAGCCGCUUGAUUCACAGUAGACUCUUUGCUUUUCAUGAAUCUCACGCUUUAUAUUAUUUGAACUUGAAAUAUUUUACCGGUUACGAUGACGAAUACAUCAUCCUGGAGUUAUGCUGAGAAUGGAUUUGGCCCUCAAAGUUGGCAAGAUCGCUACAAAGUCGCGGACGGUAAUUUGCAAUCCCCAAUUAACAUCGAGACUGCGAACGCAAAAGAUGACAACAUUGUAGGACCAAUCAAAUUUCUUUACGGGAGCAUCAACAACAGCACGCUCACAAACGAUGGAAGACAUCUGCAAGUCACGAUAACUAAAAAUGAAUCAGUUAUUACAGGUGGUCCCUUAACAGACAAAUACCAGUUGGCUGUUAUCCGCUUUCACUGGGGCCAAGACGAUAGUUCAGGCUCUGAGCAUUCCAUAGAUGAUCAGAAUUAUCCAUUGGAGGUUCAACUCAUUCACUGGAACAAAGACCUAUACAAAAAUAUCGGACAGGCGAUGGCUGGAGAAAACGGUUUGUGUAUUAUUGGAAUCUUCUUUCAGGUAUCGGAUGAAGACAACGAAGGUCUAAAGCCAAUCGUGAAAUUGCUUUCACGUGACGAAAACAAGGUUAGAUUCAACAAGAGUAUCGGGGAAUGGACAGCUGAUAACUGAAAUGUUUCGCUUAACUUCUAACAUUGAGAAAUGAAUGUUUUCAAACAUAGUCAGGGAUCAGAACGAGAAACAGAACUAGGAGUAUAAACUACAAGCUGUGAGAGUGUUUAAAUAUCAUACCUUGUGAGUAGUUUCCUCGCUUCCCAGAUCAACACCUUCCUCUUCCUCCCCCUAAUGUCCUAAAUUUUCUCAUUGGUAUGAGGUUAAGUAUUCCGCUUGCAAUUCAGGAGAAUGAAAACAGUCCUUAGCCACUGAGUCAACCAUGAUUAACUUGAAAUCCAUAAAGGUCGGCACACACGAGGGGACUAUUCCCUGCGUCUAGUCCCUGCGUCUAGUCCCCUGAAGAGUUUACACGAAGGGUCUGGUCGCAGGGACUUGUCCCACAAACAGUU